CGGCCGCUCAGUUCCAAUCCGAAAUGCGCACGCUAAGGACGUAGUGAAUGUUUCAGUGCGAAAUUAGUGACGGUGCGUUGUUGUUGUUGUUCGAAAAUAACAAUGUUGUAUGGAUUUGUGAUUGUUUGAAACUAUGCGCACGGACGUGUUGAUUGUGUGCCUGUGCGGCAAGAGACGCAACAAGUUGAUGGAUUAUUAUUCGCUUCUUCUUUCGAUUAUUUGUCUGAUAAGUGCAACCUCCGCUUCUAUCAUGGGAGACGAGUGCGACUGGACCGGAAGUGGUCUAACAUCAAGUUCCCUGAGUCGAGGGGUAACACCCGUAUACCUUCGCUGUGCCACCGGUAGGGUGACGUGGUUGUACCCUGCGGGCGCCCUCAGGGUCCUGUUGAGAUUCCCCGGAGGAAAAGAUUUCAGGGCCUGCAUUAAAGUCAGACAGGACGAGAUGGACGUAAAGGAGCCCGCUGCUCGAAUGUUUUUGGAAGGACCCAGAUCACUGUUGCCCUUGUUCGCUUAUAACGAUGGAGGACACAAAGGAAUAAGGUGUUUCAAUAGUAAAAAAGGACAGGCCGCUAUUUACGUGGAGGCUACGCAGGAACAAAGCAUCCUGAAGCGAGUUUCUGAAAUGGACUACGAUCUGCAACCUUUGCCCGAGGGCUCCAAGGGAUACGACCCGACCGAAGAAUGCAGACCUUGUACGUCUUCAGAGUUGGCCCAUGCCUUUUGUAGUAGCGAAUUAGUUACCAGAGGGAUCAUAGAGGGCGUGGAGAACAGGGACGACUUGCAGGUAUCGCAGCUGCAAAUCAAGGUGACCAAGCUGAUACGCCACACGGCCUUCGACGAUUUCGGCGACACGAGCUCCCUCGAAUCGAACUCGGUCUACGACGAAAACGAAAAGCUGCGCGGGGUGACGCUGCACGUAGCGCGCCACUGCGGCGCCGCGCACGGCACUGGCGAGUUCGUGUUCAUGGCGCGCAGCAGGCUGGGCGCGCUGACGUUGCAGUGCGCGCCGCGAUUGGAGGACUGGAUCGCGCUGGCCAAUCGGAUGAUGCGCGACGGCACUGCGCAGUGCGUGCUCAAAAGUUAGCGCGCCGGUGCGCCUGCGCGCCCUUUCAAUGCCUCUGUGAUGAUUUAUGUACAUAAACGUGUAAAUUAAGAUGAUACGAUUUGUUACGGCUGUUUGUAUGUUGCAAUAUUCUCGCGAGUAUCAAAUCAAAAUAUUGGUACUUCUAUGGCAAGCCGUUUUAGCAUUUAUUAGAUAAUAGUUUGAAAAAUAAAGUUAAGCACUAUUAAAAAUCAUUUAAAUGACACUACAAAUAUAAAAAUGUUUUAAA